GUGUGUGUGUGUGUAUGUGUGUGUGAGCCACAACAAGACAGAGAGAGAAAGAGAGAGAGAGAGAGAGAGAUACAUCCAGUGCAGCAAAAGUCUAUUAAGUCAUGCAUGACCCAGGUUCUCCUGCAGAUAUGGCCAACACGUUCAAGUCAGAUGAUCACAUGGUGAUAACUAUACCCCUCUCCAGCAUCAACAAGGGACAAGAAGGGAAACUGCUACCAGAGAACUUUCACUGUGUUUUUAAAGAUGUGUACAAAGUCUUUCUCAAAGGAAACCCGAAGGCUUUAGGGACGGCACAGCUCAUCGCUGGACUACUGAUUAUCAGCCUGGGGUUGCUGGUGCCUGAUACUUAUGCCUAUACCCUGCCCAGUGUUCUGUUCAUAAUUUCAGGACUGCUGUCAUACGCUGCAGGACACUCUCCAAAUAUGAGUCUGACAAAACUAUCAUUUUCACUCAACAUCAUCAGCCUUUUUUGGGCCACAGCAGCCCUGGUCAUUUGUCUGUAUAAGCUUACUUCCCGAACCUGGAGUGAAACAGAAAAUGGAAUACAAGGAACGACUGCUGUUCUUAUUGCCCUGGAGCUGGUGGUUGCACUGAUUCUGAUCUAUUGGGAGAGCAAAGCAGUGUGCCGAGAUCACUACAACAUUCUGCCCGUGAUCAACCUGAAGCAUGAGGCAUGAGCCAUUCAAAUAAAAUGCAGGGCUUUUCCACUGAGUGUCCUCCUUCACCUGCUGAGCAUGACAGAACCCCUAUUCAAUUUUGAUGUGUGACAAAAAUUCCAGGUAUUCAUUCUGUACAACAUAAUAUUUUAACAACAAUUUUGGAGAAAUGAGAAAAAAACUGAUAACCUGUACAAAAUGGAGGAAACAUAACAUUUUGUCUGCAAAAGGCUACAUGCUUUUAAAACUGAACCAUAAACGUUGUUCAGGUCAUGAAUAUUAUGUUUUAAGAUGGUUAUGUGGUGUGAAAGUGUGACCAUAAAAUGUAAUAUGGGCUGUCAAUCUUUCUCUACACUCAAGGAUUAAUUAAGUAUUUCUAAUGUGGAAAUAGUUACAUGAUCCAAAUGAAUAAUUAUUUUGCUGUGUAAAAUGAUAACUAUUUGUUGGGGACUGUUUUUAAGUGAUUUUUAUUUUUUAUAUUGGAAAACAAUUACAUCAAAAAAUUUCCUCCAAGUACUAUCAGCAACUGACUGUAGGUUUGAAUGUAAAUAUAUAUGUAUUUGGGUGUGUGCAUCUAGUAUUCGUAUUAUUUCUGGGUUUAAUUGCUCUGAAUACGACUGUCCGCUUUUAAUAGAUUGUUUGCAAUUUUACC